AUGACAUUUCACGAUGAUGAACUAGGUGUACGAUACGAGCAUAAUCCAAUUAAAAACAAUCUUCCUGUUGUUGGUUUAGUUGCUCUUCCCGCGGAUUCUACAGUGAAUGACCCUUUGGACAAGACUCUGAUCGCGUCAAAGAUUUUGAAACCUCAAUGUGAUUAUAGUAAUACUAGUGAUACACAAAAUUUUCAACAAGCCCCCACGUUAACAUCGAUGGAUACGGCAAUGAAUCCUGAAUAUGUACAUCAACAAUCAAGUAGUUAUAUUAAUCAGGCCGAAAAUGAAACGCCGUCGAAACAAAAUGGUCAAAAGAAAAGAAGAAUCACACCAAAACUAAUUAAACAAUUGUAG